AAAGAAGAAGAAGUUGUUUAUUGAUCUUUUUAGUAGCUUUGUAGUAUGUAUAAGAACCUGUAUGAACGAUAGUUUCUCCGAUAUUGACGAUGGUUUGCAUAGUACCGACCUGUGGCAUGAAGCAAUCCAGUGGUCAUCGAAUGCGGAGGCUACCUCGACACCCAGAACUGGCACAUCGAUGGCUGCAGGCAAUCGAAAUCGGCUGUCAGCAGCAAAACAUUCCAUGGGUUCGUGAGAACUGGAUUUCAGCGGAGAUUUGCGACGGUCACUUCGAUGGAGACAAUAAUUCUCUAUGCCUUUCCCGAGGGUAUCUUGAACCUUCACGAUUUGGCAACAGUUCAGGGGAAACCUUAUCUGUAAAGUCAUGCCAAUUUUGCUUACAAUUUUAUCAGCUAAACGAAGUCUCGGACUAUACGAAUUAUAUGAAACUACGUUGUCCUGAGUUGAUCACUUUGAGGUCAGUCAACAAACUAAUUGCCUCGAGUGAAAACCUUCCCAAAUUUAUUUGUUUUGAGUGUGCUGCAAAACUUGAUAUACUUGAAUCGAUUCUUCUAUUUUUCGACCAUUCAUAUAAAUGUUUUGAAUCUCUGGAAGCAGCACGUAACUUGAUGAUUGUAGAAGAAGACCGACAAAUAGAGCUGAGUGAAGUGGUGAUCAAAGACGAAAUUCCAGAUGACGAAACAAACGACUAUGAUCUAGAAACAGGAAUUGCAAGUGAUGUAACGAUCAUCAAAGCCGAAGGUCUACCAUCUGUAGAAUCAAACCAAGAAGACGCAAUUGAAAAUAAACCGAUAGAAACUGAAUCGUUUAGCUGCUCGGAAUGUGAUAAAUGCUUUUCAACAAAAGAUAAACUGAAACGACACAGAUGGCACAAACAUUCAACAUCAAAGAAACCCCGUCGAACGUUGAAUUAUGAAUGUGAAUUAUGCAAAACUAAGCAUAUAAGGCUAUCCGACUUAAACAGUCAUAUAAAUCAGGAUCACUGGAGAGAACAAUAUCCUUAUUUAUCAUGCAAGGAUUGUAAGAAGACGUUUUCCUGCCAAAAGAGUCUAAUUCGUCACAGUUCAUGCCACGCAGAAAUGAAACAUCAGUGCGACACAUGCAACAAAUUUUUUUUAUUCAAAUACAACUUGCUUAUGCAUCAGAGACAGCAUACUGAUGAACGUAACUACGAAUGCGAGAUCUGUCACCAAAAAUACACAACAAAAGCAAUACUGAAAUAUCAUCAUCAAAAAUGUCAUACUGACGAACGAAAUUUCGAAUGCCUGCACUGUGAUAAGAAGUUCAUUUUUAAGAGUCAUCUGGAGGAUCAUACUGCUAUGCAUCACAUGGGCCAGAGUUUUGAAUGUGAUAUAUGCAGGAAACCGUUCAAUACUGAAAAAAGAUUAAAAAUUCAUCGUCGGACUCAUUUGGACGCGUUGCCUGAAGAAGAACGUAUCAGCUUCGAAUGCAAUGAAUGUGGAAAAGUUUUUUGUGCAAAAUAUGAAAUGAAAAGACAUCAAGCUAAUGCUCAUAGCACCGAACGUCCUUUCGCGUGUCAGAUCUGCGGAAAACGUUUCGCAACCAACAAAAACCUACUUUCGCACAUGUUGAUGCAUAAUAACGAACGGAACUUUGAGUGUGAUAUUUGUCACGAAACAUUCAAAACAAAAAGCGUGUUGAAAGGCCAUUUUGAACGACAUUCAGACGAGCGUAAGUUUGGUUGUAAUUUGUGCGGCAAAGCGUUAAAAACGAAAAGCUCUUUGAGGGUGCACAUCAAGAGACACACGAAUGAACGCAAAUUUGAAUGCGAAGGUUGUGGGAAAAGGUUUAAAACAAAGGCAUGUUUGGGAAAUCAUCGCCGAGUAACAUCAUGCAGGCCCGUUUCAGCUUUUCAGCUUUAGAAGUCAGCCAGAGUGACUGGUCGUAAUUGUUUCGCAAUUGGAGAAUUUAGCGUUUAUACUAUUGACUGAUUAUUUAAAAAUAAUAAAAUUUCUUAGCUAUUCCUUUAGAAAGAUUUCGAUUUAUUGGAAACAAAACUGUCCUGGCAGAUAUUCCGUUAUUUUUCGUACAGCUUAUAUUACUGGAUUUUUGCAUAUAAUUUGACUUAUUUUGGACCGGGUAUAUAUUUUGUACCACCUUGCAACUAUUUUCCUAUUUUAAAAGGUGAUUAGGGAAACAUGAGAUAUCAAAGGAAGAAAGAAUAUAAGGGUUAAAUAUCACGAAUUUUGAGAAUAAGAUGCAAAGCACAGAAGCUUGAUUUAUAACGACAAAGCCAUAAACAGAUCACACAACAAGAUGAAUGGACUGCUGGGCAUAUAGUCUUCGUCACUGGUCUGCGUUAACCUGCAUGCAUGCAAAGCUACACGGAAAAUAAUAAAAAGGUAAAAUUUACCGAGACAGCAAAGGUGAAUGCUCGCAAAAGCCAAAAGGUAACUUCUACCUAUUCGAGGUGAAACUCACCUCACAGCGAGGUAAAAUAUACCUGAAACGAAGAAUGAAAAAAGGUACAAUUCACCGAGAAAAAAUGUGAAUCCAAAAAAGGUAAAUUUCACCUCGUAGCGAGGUGAUGUUCACCUGAAUUGAGCUGAAUCAAAAAGUAUAAUUCACCUAGAAAGAAAGGUAAAUCCAAAUAAGGUAAAACUUACCACGUAGCGAGGUGAAGUUGACCUGGAUUGAGCUCAACAAAACGGUACAAAUCAUCUCGAAAAAAAAGUAACUAUUUGACGAAUCCGUUUAUUGAGGUUAAGCUGUUUUGCCGUUGAGGAACAAGUUCUGCUUCGUGCACAAUAUGUGAAAAUCGGAACAAAAUGGUAAGUGUUUUCUUAGAUUUCAUUUAGUUGUGCUGGUUCUCUUCAUAAUACUUUGCUUUUGUUUCAGAUCGGCCCACAGAGCUUCGUGUUGUAUUCCCGUCAGCCUUCAGAUAUUAUUCCGGACAAGCCGGACCUGACAAGCUUGGCGAACAAAGGACUUGCCUCAACAAUUUUUAAAGAACACGGUGAUAUAUUAAAUUUUUAAAAAUAAAUAUUAGGUAACUCCCUAUUUAUUUCAAAUAAAUACCAAUU